ACUCACGUCCCGCCCCGCCCCGCCCCUUCACCUCCCCCGCCCGCGUGGUUGCCGCCACCACUGCCGCCCGAGAAGAGCUGGGGGAGGACGGUGGCCCGCGAGGCUCGUUGCAGACAACGCGGCGGCGAUGUCCGCGAGCCAGGCGAGUGCUGCGGCGGCAGCGGCGGGGCCUCGCGCGCGGCAGGGCGGCCUGGGCUUUGGCCUCCCUCCGGUUCCCUGGAAGCGGGCCGGCGGCCAGCGCGGGAGUAGCAGCAGAGGCGGAGGCUCCAGCGCUUCUCUCUCCUCCCCCUCAGCCUGAGCCAGGGGAGGCCAGGCGGCCCGGGCGGCUGGAGGGGGGGUCCGCUGCCCGAGAAUGGGAAUUCUCUUCACCAGGAUAUGGAGACUGUUCAAUCACCAGGAGCACAAAGUUAUCAUUGUUGGGCUGGAUAAUGCAGGGAAAACUACUAUACUUUACCAAUUUUCUAUGAAUGAAGUUGUGCAUACAUCCCCUACAAUAGGAAGUAAUGUAGAAGAGAUAGUGGUUAAUAAUACACGUUUCCUAAUGUGGGAUAUUGGUGGCCAAGAAUCUCUUCGUUCUUCCUGGAACACUUACUAUACUAACACGGAGUUUGUAAUAGUUGUUGUGGACAGUACAGACAGAGAAAGGAUUUCUGUAACUAGAGAAGAACUCUAUAAAAUGUUAGCACAUGAGGACCUAAGGAAAGCUGGGUUGCUGAUUUUUGCUAAUAAACAAGAUGUUAAAGAAUGUAUGACUGUAGCAGAAAUCUCCCAGUUUUUGAAGCUAACUUCUAUCAAAGAUCACCAGUGGCAUAUCCAGGCAUGCUGUGCUCUUACUGGCGAAGGAUUGUGCCAAGGACUUGAAUGGAUGAUGUCACGACUUAAGAUUAGAUGAUCUCUACUGACCUCUUCUCAUAGACUUUGUAUAAACGAAGUGCUGGACUUUACCUGAAAGCUGCAAAAAUUAAUGGUUUAGAUAUAUUUAUAAUAAACUGAUUUAAACUUUUUCUAUAAGAAGAAAAAUUAAGACCACUUAUUUGAAAUCAAAGAUGAAGUCUCACCUUCCAAUUUGCUUUCUCGUUAGUUCCUUCCAAAGUAAGUUAUUAAAGCUGUGAUUGAAAUUUUUCUCAUAAUGAAUCCUCUCAGGACAUUGUGUAGCCAAUGGUAAGUAAAAGGGAGAGGAAGACAUUUUGAACUAAGAGCUUUAUUAUCAGUAUAACCCUCCCUAGUUGAAUGUUCUCUUGUUCCAUUAAGUCAAAAUACAAAUCAGCACAGAUAUUCAGUUUCCAAUAUUUUAAAAUGUAAUGUUACUUAUGAAAAGUAUUUUGUAUAAGGUUGUGUAUGUAUUGUGUAUAUACCUCACGUUCAAGUUAAUGGCUUUGAUUUAUGUUCUAAAGAAAAGCAAAUACAAAAAAUAAUAAUAUCCUUAGUUAUAACCAUAAUGAGAUAAGUACUGGCAUUGGUGUAAAGUGCCAUUUUGUACUCUUCCCUUAUGUUCUCUGUAUUGUAUUAACCAACCCCCCAAAUCAUUGAGCUGCUCUUAAAAAAAAAAGGAAAAGGAAAAAGCUUGA